AUGCCGCUUCCGUUUUACAGCCAUCAAACAGCCUUCAAGCCGCUGUGGUUAGAACUGGCGAAAAAGGGACACAAAAUCACUCUCAUCCAGUCUCAAGUCGUUGUAGAAAACAACGAGAACAUCACCCACAUACUACUGAACGACACGUACAGAAUUAUGAACAAAGGAAAAAUGUUCGACAAUUUGGGAAAAGGCCAAUCCAUCGUCACUGUACUCUUGGCGGCUUUGAGUUCCCAGGUCGAGGUAAUGGAAUACCAACUGUCGCAUCCGGGAGUCCAAGAUUUGUUGAAGGGCGAAAACAAAGUCGACCUGUUCUUCACCGAGUUCCUUGCAACAUAUGGCAUUCCUCUAGGGCGGAAACUCAACGCGUCGAUGAUCGGCUUGGUAUCCAUGGACUCCUCUAUUCACGGACACCUCUACGUGGGCAACCCCACGCACCCGGUUAUGUAUCCAGAUAAAGAUAUGCCGUUUUACCCGGCUCUUACCUUCAAGGAAAGGGUGAUAGACACUUUUUUCUGGGUAGCUUUUAAACUUUUAAUGGAUUUUAUAUUCAAUCCCAUGAUGGAACGGGUUGCUGCGAAAUGUUUAGGGGAGGUAGACCCUUUGGAAGACAUCGCUAAGGAGGUUAGUCUGCUGUUUAUAAAUGCCAACCCGUUGUUCAAUGCCGUGAGGCCUCUAGGACCUAAAACUGUCAACAUUGGAGGGGGGCUUCACUUGUUGGAACCUCAGCCGCUGCCUAGG